AGAAAAGUAAUGGAUACAACGGUCAGAUUUCUGUAAUUCACACAUAUGACCGUUGAAGCCUCCCCACUUUCUUUCUUGGCAAUCUGUGUAUAUAUAUGUAUGCAUAAUCCUCCCAUUCUUUCCAUCUCUACUCUUUCCGCUCAUUCACAAGAAAUAAACUCUCUUAGACGAUGGGUCUGCGAGAAGUCAACGAAUCGAAUUCCUCUGGGACUACUACUCACAAGGCAUUCCUCUUCUGCAACUACGUCCUGCUUGGUUCAGCCUCCAGUUGCAUCUUCCUCACUCUCUCCCUCCGCCUCUUCCCGUCCCUCACCGGGUUCUUCAUCAUCCUCCUCCACGCCUUAACCAUCGGCGGCGCCGUCCUCGGCUGUGCCUCCGUCUCCUCACACGACACCGCCGCCAAACUCUAUGGCACUCGCAUGGCGGCUUCUGUCCUCACCGCCAUCUUCCAGGGCUCCGUCUUUAUCCUCAUCUUCACGCGCACGGGAGACUUCCUCGGAAACCUCAAGUCGUACGUGAGGGAGGAAGACGGCGCCGUGAUUCUGAGGCUGGCCGGUGGGCUCUCCGCUCUCAUCUUCUGCCUGGAGUGGGUGGCUCUGACGCUGGCUUUCAUCUUGAAGUACAAGGCCGCCGUGGAAAGCGGCAGUGGGGCUCCGAUGAGGAGCUCUAAGAUUGUUCACGAUGAGGAGGAGCUCAAGAACUGGCCGUGGCCAUUCCAAGUCUAAUCGUGAAAAAAGCAAGUUACAUCUAUUUAUCAUAUAUAUUCGAUUAAUGUAUCCAUUCUUUUGUUUUUCUUUGAGAGCUAGAGUUUGAUAUGUGAAUGGGUUUUGGUUUGUUUGUUAAAUCAUUCAAAUAUUCUAUUCUAUGAUCAAUCACUUUAUGUCUGCAUGUAUGUUCAUGUGAUCGGAUGGAAUGAAACCAGUCUGCUGCAUCCGGCCUUUUUGUGUUGAUCCUGUAAGGCUGUUUUGAGGAAUGCAAACUUGAAAUGAGAAAAACAAUCAAACACUUCAACCAUGUCAACUGUGAUCCGUUUUAACAGCCUAGCUAAAUAAAUAUGUCUGCUUUUAUUUAUUUCUCGUCAAUGUGAUUUUUGGUUUCUUAGUCCAUCCAUUUCUUAAAAGAAAAUGGGAAUAAUAGGUUUGAGCGCCAUGAUGGGGUCCUCACAAUGUGUAUGAAAGCAUAAAUGCUGUAAUCAUGCCAAUCAAUUAACGGGAUAAUGAUGAUGACAAAACCCCAUUCAAUUUAUAUAUUGUAUUAUCUAUAUUGUUUUCUCG